AUGGCAGAAGAUCUCUACAAGGAUUUUGAUAAGGACUUGGCGUUUCACUUGAAGUGUGUUCUCGAUACAGACCUAAAUUUUGAUGAAGAUAUGGAGUUCUACCACGAGGAACCGGAAAGAGAACGUGAGGAAACAAUGAAACGGGACAUGCAGCACAGCUCUUCGAAGCCUCUCCUUCAAUAUCACCUUUUCGUCUAUCGAGAAGAAUUAAGACGGCGUAAAAUGAAUCGACUACAUCUAACGAAGACGAAAAUUGAUCUCACUGGAGGCCUGUUGAUAAAUUGUGAGGGCAAAAUAUGUGAUUUUUCGCCCCAAGAUAUCAACGCCUUCGUACGGCAGGUGGACUUCAAAGAUCGCUUGGUACGACAGCAUGCGUCGUUGUACGCCGACAUCGACGAAGCAGUUGAAAGGGACGUGGACGGGAAACUCAUUUUAAAGUGUAACGUAAAAUGUUACCAAUCCAGCAAGUUUGUUGCUGCUACUGCUGCCUAUGCUUCAACUGCUGGUGCUGGCGCUGCUGCCGAAAAGAAGGAAAAAGCCAAAAAGGAGGAGUCGGAGCCCGACGAAGACGACGAUAUGGGUUUCGGUCGCUUCGACUAA